AUGCCCGAAACCGUCAGAGACUAUCCCGACUACCAAGCCGCCGCCAAGGCCGCUUGCGCGUGGGUGGAGAAAGGAAGCACGAAGGUCGACCGUUCCAAGCUCGCACCCUAUCCCAGCAAAGUGGGUCCCUACAAAGGACAGAUCGUCGUGGCCCGCCGCACCGCAGCCGGCGUGCUCGAGGACAUCGUCCGCAUCGACAACGACGACACCGGCAAGGGGAUCCACUUCAACGCCAAGAACCUGUCCGACACCAGCGACAAGCUCGCGGCCAGGAUCACGAGUACGAUCGCGAUGACCCCCGCCGCGCGCAAGGCGCUCUUCGAGGACUACCUGAAGGCGCUCGUGAACCUGGAGGGGACCACCAUCUGGGAUUGGUGGAGGACGGGGACGAAGCCGACGCAGGCGGCGGUGGCGGAGAGCGACGAAGCCGCGGCGGAGGAGUGA